AUGGAUUCCUCCUCUCACAGAUAUUACCAUACUCAUGAUUUUAAUCCAAUACAUCUCUGUGAUUCUUAUUUUUCUCCCAAAGCAGAUGGAGCACUUCUAGAAGAGGCUGUUAUCAACCCCUUGAAAUUUCUGCUGAAAGAAAAAGCUGCAGGUCGUAUUCCUGGAGACACUUUGACUGAUUUUAGUAUCGGUCCUAUUGUUUGUCAUUUACUUCCAAUUUGUGAUCGCUUCAAAGAAAUUGUUAUAUUAGAAUUCAACGAUGUCUGCAUCUCUGAGCUGGAGAAAUGGAGAAACAGCCACGAGGAAGCCUACGACUGGUCUCAUGCAUCAAAGGCUUUGACGGACCUGGAAGGAAAAAGUGGUGGGUGGAAGGAAAAAGAAGAAUUGUUGAAACAAAAAAUCAAACAAAUUCUGAAGUGCGACUUUACUAAAGAAAACCCCACAGACCCCAUCGUGCUGCCGAAAGCUGACUGUGUCUUUUGUGCCUGGGCAAUAGAUAUCAUAAGUCCCGAUAAAGAGGCGUAUAUUAGAAAUUUUAGAAAAGUCUCCUCUUUACUUAAACCAGGUGGUCAUCUGAUUUUGUUUGGAAAUAUUAAUCAUUCAUUUUAUUUUAUUGGGGAGCACAAAUAUAAAAUUUUAAAGUACGAUGAAGAAUUUCUUAAAAAAAAUCUAAAAGAUGAGGGAUAUGUAAUUGAAUCUUACCAAGCAAACGACAGGAAAACAACAUCUCCUCUUGUCGAUCAUGAAAAAAUUGUGUUUGUCAACGCCAUUAAAAAGAAGUGAAAUUAGAUUCAGAUGACACUUUUCUGAAUAAUUGGAAGAUAAUAGUAAAUCUUCUUGAGAUUAUUCUGACAACGCAUACAUUGCUCUCAAAUGAUAGAUACUAGAUUAAGGUAAUUUUUAAAUGUAUUAAUCACAGUUAAAAGUUGCAUUCUGGAGAAUGAUUACCAAAAUGUAACAUAAAUUAAAUGCUCUGAUUGACAAUAAUUUGGAUAGUGUUAGAAUGAUUUGCAUUAUCUAUAUAUCAAUGUGUGGAAGCAAUCAGAACACCUUGUGAAUUAAGGCUUUUCGCAUCUGC